CGGGGCGUUGCAUGAAUAGAGAAGAGAAUUGGGUAUAAAUAUCCAGAUGCUUCUAGUCUUUACUGAAUCUCUCUUUAAACUUCUUCAAUCGAUUGUUUCGGAGCUCGGCCCUCUACGGUAGUGAAGGGAGAGACAUUGUGCAUACAAAAUGAGCAACUCUUCUGCUGGGCAAUCAUCAAAAUCAAAAGCAGGAUCCUCGCAGCCUAAUGAAACAACUUCGUUUAAGCGCAAGCGAGGAGUCUUUCAAAAAGAUUUGCAGCACAUGGUGUAUGGUUUUGGCGAUGAUCCUAAUCCGCUUCCAGAAACUGUGGCACUUGUGGAGGACAUAGUUGUGGAAUAUGUCACAGAUUUGGCACAUAAAGCACAGGAUAUUGGAUCAAAGAGGGGAAAGUUAUCAGUUGAGGAUUUUCUGUAUUUAAUCAGAAAGGAUUUGCCGAAACUUAACCGCUGUACAGAACUGCUGUCAAUGCAAGAGGAGCUAAAACAAGCAAGAAAAGCAUUUGAGGUUGAUGAAGAAAAGCUGGCAUCAAUAGAGUGAUUGAUUUGUGACACCUAAAGAUGUUUUGAAGACGAGGAUAGUUGUGCCAUCAGCCAUGCAGAUUCUUUUCCUUUUAGAAACUAUUGUUUUGUUUGUAUGUAAAGUGGAAAGGGGUGCUCCUACCAAGUUAGUAUGCUAAGGUUUAAUAAAUACUUGAGCAGUGAGGUAAUCUAGUAAAUACUUGAGCCGUGAGGUUCUUUUACU